AUGACAACAGCUGACGUGACUUGGAGCAAGGAGGAGACGAUUAAGGCCUUUGAAGAGGCGGGAAAUCUUAAAUUCUUGGAGCACAUAAACCUUUCCAAUAUCGAGAAAUGCUCGGAGACUGCACCUGUCUAUAUUUUCUACAUGCGCGGCCUACAAUGCUCACGUGAUCCGCGACUUGCUUAUCACUUUUGGGCCAAUUAUGCUGGCCGCCAUCAAUUUCAUUUGUUUACAGGUCAGCCUAAAGAUGAGUGCAUUAAUGCUACCAUCUUUCUUUACGUGCCUGACUUGGAUGACAUGGAAAAGAGCCUUGCAUCCGUAGCCGAUGAGCUACAAGGCACUAAGUUUGCUUACAAGCGUGUAAAUCGCGGCGCGAAAACGACGAUUGAUUAUCCGCAGGAGAAAUGGCACGAGCUAUUUGACAUAGCCGCAUAUGAUCAUCUCAAGGUGAAUGAUCCGUAUGGUAAUGAGCUAUGUCUCAAUGUGACGCCGAGACACUAUAACUCCAUUAAUCUGUCGUUGGGGAAGACGCUUCCAGUGACAAACGAUGUUGCCGGUGUACCACAAGGAUUGCCAUUUUUGUUGUAUCCAUGUCGUCCUGGUAUUGCCGAGGGUAUAUCCCGUUUCUUUGAGCAUUACCUGGGGGCCAAGACCGUGGUCACAAAGAAGGAAGGCAAUAUUGACCUCUAUCGCACGACGGUGUUUUGCGGCCCCAUUCAAUCCAUCGUCUUUGACGAACAAGAGUCCCAAAUGCAUAAUAAGGGCGAGUACGACGGUCAUCACGUGUGUAUUCAUAUCGAUCGCUUUAAAGAGUUCUAUGACAAGGCCUUUAAUGAAUCUAUGCAGUGGAACAAUGUGUUGUUCUUUGACCGUUGUGACACUUGGUUCGAAGCAAAUCGUGACCAGCAAUACCGCAUCCUACACUUGAUCGACCCAGUGGACAAGAAGUUCCUCAUGUCUUUCGAGAUGGAAAUCCGCUCAGCACAGCAUUUUCGCUACCUCAUUCACCGCAGCGAUGUGACAGAAGAAGAGGAAGCUGCUAAUGAAGUGCUUCGCAAAAAGAAUCUGUAG